GUUAGUGGUAUUUGAAAAUAUAAUUGUUAGUACAAGAAUUCUUCUUGAAGUACUAAUUGUGAGUGAUUAUGUGUUGGAAAUUUCCAACAGACAUAAUGGGUUGCUGAAAAGAAGCAGGCAGCAGCCUAGCCCAAAUGGCGAAGUGACUGAGGCACAGCGGGUGGCUGAAUCAGAGCAGGUCGAGUUAUUUCUCUCUCUUUUAGACAACUCAAAGGACAAGAUGCAUAAUGUGCAAAUGUUUGUUGAUUUAGGGAAACCUGAGGCCUUGGAGGGAUGUACAAAGGAACAGAUGAGACACAUUGCAGGGAGAUGUGGCAUUAGGAUAAAAUCAUCCAAGGAAGCACUGAUGAAAGAUUGGAUCCUUAAGGAUUUGAGAGUCAAGAGUGAAGUGGUAAAGCAAGGGGCUCAAAAUGGAGCUGAGAGGGGAGUGGAAGAUGAUGGGCAAGAUGGAGUGAGGUGUGCAGUGGUACUGGGGGAUGCUCAAGAUGCGGCCGAACUAGAGCACUAUAUAGGUGCAUCUGAAUGUGUGAAGGAGAGGGAGAACGCCACCCGCCGCCUCCUGGACACUCUGGACCAGCUGGAGUGUGUCAACAAGGCUCACCAAGCUGACAACCUCAAGCUGGAGGAGGAAAACACUCGCCUAAAUACAGCGAAUCAUUUGCUCGAGGAGGACAACAGGAAGACUAAGAACGAAGGGCAGCUUGCUCAGGAGGAGAUUGUUCUAUUAAAGUCCCAGAUCCGUCAAGUGGAGGAGGACUCGAGGCUGGUCAAGGAGGAGAUCCGUAAAGUGGAGGAGGACUCGAGGCUGGUCAAGGAGGAGAUCCGUAAAGUGGAGGAGGACUCGAGGCUGGUCAAGGAGGAUAACAUGAAGACUAAGAACGAAGUGCGCCUUGCUCAGGAAGAAAACAUUCAAUUAAAGUCCCAGAUCCGUCAAGUGGAGGAGGACUCGAGGCUGGCCAAGGAGGAUAACAUGAAGACUAAGAACGAAGUGCGCCUUGCUCAGGAAGAAAACAUUCAAUUAAAGUCCCAGAUCCGUCAAGUGGAGGAGGACUCGAGGCUGGUCAAGCAGGAAAUCCGACAAGUGGAGGAGGACUCGAGGCUGGUCAAGCAAGAGAUCCGACAAGUGGAGGAGGACUCGAGGCUGGUCAAGUCGAGGAACCAACAGCUGGAGCUUGCGGAGACCCAAGCCCAGGAGAGGGUCAAGACGGCGUUGACGAGGAUCGCUGAGCUAGAGCGAGAGACACAACAGCUGCAAGAGAUGAAUAAUAACACAGCAAGAGAGAAAGGACUUGUUCAAGAGCAACUCUCACUCCUGGAAGAACAGGUCAGGGUCCUUCAAACAGCAAACGCUGCUCUAAAUGAAGAAAAGGAAGAAACAAUCAGGAAGACUGAAGAGGAGAAACGACUUGUUGAAGAGCAACUCUCCGUCAGUGAAGAAGAGGCCAGUAAGUUACGGGAAGGAAACACGGCUCUACAGAGUGAUAAAGACAGACAGGCACAGCAACUCAGAAGUAUUCAAGAGGAAAAGAAUAAAUUAACAGAAGAGAAACGCUUGAUGGAAGAGGAACACGAGAAGUGCAAGAGGAAUGUCAGUGAGCUGUACACAAGGUAA